CGAAUAUUUAAGUAGUGAUGUGGUUCUACUCGUACGACGCCCAUCAUUUCACGUUGCUCUCCGUUUAAAACUAUUUUAUGGAUUUUCCACUUCGAUUCCUACAUCUGUAGCCUCCAUGUCCCUCCAUCAACCGUUCCUUAGUUUUUAAAGUGCCAAAAACACAAUAACAGGGAUUUAAUCUACCACCGACCGCUCAAAGUGUAAAACAGAAGAAACUGAAGAUUUAGGAAAGACAAGUAUCGAUGCGCUUGAAGGCCAAACUGAAGAAUAAACUGAGAAAAUUCUCCAAAUUUUUAAGUUCAUCCCCUACUAAUUGUUUCACUUCCCUUAUCAAUCGCUUCACCAAAAUGAACACCAUUGGUGAUGAUGAAGCACACAAGGCGACAUCAAUCGUCAAAGUGUCUGUGAAUCUCAUUCAUAGAUUCAUUGUUAUUGUUGUACGAGGCAUAAUGAGAUUUUUAUUUGGAUCCAAGGGUGGUUCUAUGCCUCCAAUAAAGGAUCUAACUCUACUGGAAUCCGCCACGUCAUUGGCAAAGAAAAUUCGGACUGGAAAGGUUAAGAGUGUUGAUGUGGUAAAAUCUUUUAUUGAUCGAAUAAAUGAAGUAAAUCCUAUUUUAAAUUGCGUCGUUGAUCGGCGUUUUGAGGAAGCAUUGAAAGAUGCCGCUGCAGUGGAUAAGUUAAUAGAAUCCGGCCAAUAUUCCGAGAGUGAACUGGAAAAGAUAAAACCUUAUCUGGGAGUUCCAAUUACUACAAAGGAUUGUAUUGGCGUCAAAGGACUCCUCAAUACCGCAGGAAUCCGAGCAAGAUGCAAUACAAGAGCUGAAGAAGAUUCCGAAGCAAUUCAUUUGAUGCGAGAAGCUGGAGCCAUUCCAUUAGCCAUCACAAAUACGAGUGAAUGUUGUAUGUGGUGGGAGAGUUACAACAAUAACCAUGGCAUAAGUCGAAAUGCAUAUGACACAAAUCGAACUGUGGGCGGAAGUAGUGGCGGUGAAGGUUGUUUAUUAUCCUCUGGUGGUUCUCCAUUUGGAAUAGGAUCAGACAUUGGUGGCUCAAUUAGAAUGCCAGCUUUUUUCAAUGGAGUUUUCGGACAUAAACCAUCAAAAUUCAUUGUUUCCCUCAAAGGACACUACCCUAUACCUCAGGAUUACAAUCUAAAAUCCUUCUUGGGUGUCGGACCCAUGUCCCGAUAUGCCACAGAUCUCAAACCAAUGCUAAAAAUUAUUGCUGGGGACAAUGCCAGCAAAUUGCGACUCGAUGAACCAGUUGAUUUGUCUCGUGUGAAAAUCUUUUAUCAAACUGAUGACGGCGGUGGACAUCUAGUGACACCUGUUGACCCUGACAUCAAAGCUGCCAUGCACAAAGUGGUGAAUCACUUCCAAUCGACACUCAAGGCCAAAGUGCAAAAAGUGAAAUUUGACAAAUUGAGAAAAUCAGCACCAAUUUGGCUGGCUAACAUGAAAGCCAAGGAUGCCCCUGGAUUUGAAGAAGAAAUCACUGGGUAUACAGGAAAGAUCAGCCCUCCGUUUGAAUUGCUAAAGUGGCUUGUUGGACGUUCACAACACACACUAAUUGGGAUUUUGACGGCUCUAUUUGAGAAUUCAGGGAUUAAGUAUGGAGAUGCAAAGCAUAUAUAUCUCACUGAUCAGAAAGAAAAGUUAUUUGAAGAGAUGCAAAAUCUUCUCGGGGAAGAUGGAGUAUUUAUUUAUCCAACUCAUCCAACAGCGGCACCGUAUCACUACGAACCCCUGGUGAGGGCCCUCAAUUUCUCCUACACGGGCAUCAUCAACAUCUUGGGUCUCCCUGCGACCGCCUGUCCCCUGGGUCUGGGCUCCGAGGGCCUUCCCAUUGGACUGCAAGUGGUGUCGGCUGUGAAUCAGGACCGUCUGUCCCUGGCUGUGGCUUGUGAACUUGAGCGUGCCUUCGGAGGCUGGGUGGCCCCCGAAAUUGUCGCUUAGGAGAUGGGAUUCAUUUUUAACGAGGAUUUUUUUUAAUAAAUAAAUUGUUAAUAUUUGUGAAGGUA